CCUUCGCCUCUCCCACACCAAGUCACAGUGCUGCUCAGAAUCACAAUCACCAUAAGACCCUGACCGUCAUUGACUAGCCUUCACUGAAGCGGCAUUUGAGUUGACGGCCGACCGACACGGGAAUCUUUCUCGCCGUCACGUCGCGACGUACGAAGAAUCCACGCCUUCCUCGCUGUCCUGAUUAUCCGCUACCCUAACUCUCGACCAUACCUUCGAGCAUCUAGCGUCGACUGCGCUUCUGGCAUCCGAUAUCGAGUAGCACCUUGAGUAUAAUCCAAUGACCGUUCUAGGAGGCCGUGUGUCAGGGAAUCUAGACCGCCGGUCCCCCGAUGCCGGCGGGUCGGCCGCUCUCCGUCCCCCUUCUUUCCGCCCGCCCUUCCGCCGCCCCCCGGCCCUCGACAUUGUCUCGAGCUGCGACUCGAUAGAGCUCGAUUCAGUCCCGACACUCCUCGGAGAGGAGAGCAGCGACGAGAGCGCGGACGGGCGAAGCGGCCCGAGCGAUUCUUCGACGCGCGGUUCCAGAGGCGCAUUCGGCGGCGGAUUCAGCCCUCUCUCCAGCAUUUUGCCGGUUCGCGACUGGCUGCGUAACCGCCCGAGCGAUUCUGCAACGAGCGGCGCUCCCAGCGCCGCGUUCGGCGGCGCUAGCAGCCCUCCCUCGAGACUUUUACUGACUCUCGAAUCGCCGAGGAACGGCGAUGCGGCGGCGGCGGCGGAAAAGGUCACCGGUGCGGGGGAAAACGCCGGCGGAAGCGCCAUUGCCGCCUCGCCAUCCUCCCUCGACGCGGCGGAAAGAAACCAGCGCGGGCGCAACGCCCCGGGCACUGGGAGUGGAACCGACAAGGUUCGAAACGGCGCCGCCGGUGUCGGCGCGACGCCGUCGCCCGCGGGUGAGCGGACAGCGCGGACACCGCCACAUCCCCGCGGCGGCGGCAGCCCUGCUGGCAGCAGCGCGUUGGGAGCGUUCGGGAGCUUCUGCGCGGUCGACGGCGCGCGCAGCGUCGCAGCGCUUCGCGGAACCGAGCCCCUUCCGCCGGUGGCCGACGGCGCCGCCGGCUCGCGCAGCGGAAGCACGGGGAUGUGGCGGAACCUGAACCGCGGGAGCAGCAGCAGCAGCGCGAUCCAUGUCCGGCGGAACAGCACUGGCGCUAGUAGCGGGUUCGGGGGAAGGGGAAUGCUGCGCGCCAAUAGCAGCAACGAGUCGCUGCGGUCGCUGGGAAUCACAAACGGCGGCCUCGCCUCCCCUUCGGAGUCACGGACGCUGGGCGACUCCAGCCCAGCGUCACGGACGGAGUCACAACUUGAGAGAGCGUCGGACAGCAUCAGCCUGAGCCGCACCAGCCUCUGCUCGCCGUCGCCGCAAGCUCUUCACGCGAGAGAAACCGCAACGGUGACUGGCGACGGGUCGUUCUCAUUCGAUGGUGGCAGUACCAGUGGCGGUACCAGUGGUGGUAGUAGCAACGCAAGCGGCAAGGGAGGCGGCAGCCCGGGCGGAUGGGGUGUAGGCUCCAUCUGGCGCUCCCUGCAAGCCCCCGUGUCGCCCAUCUUCCGCCCCAGAAGGCACAGCGCUACCAGCAGUGCGGGUACGGCAUCAAACGCCUGGGGUCAUGCAAGCCCGACAAGCAAGCACAGGACCAUCUGCCCAUCCGCGAGCACGGGAUCAAACGAUUUCGGACCCAACGGCGUUGGAGUGUCGACGGAUAAACCGCCCAGGCAUCACCGGUGGAAGAGCGCGGAUUGGAGCCUGUGGGCGGGGCCUGCUCUCUCUGCCGCCCGGCCAUCCUCCGCAUCUGGCCGUCGCGUGAAGUCCUUGAAUCAGAUCCCGCCAAACCAGACCUUGAGACGUCCCCCGUGCCUUCACAUUCCCCCGUGCCCCAGCGUCCCAGAGACGUCCCUUGAGGCGCCUCCCUUGCUGCAGAGGUCCCGAACCGAGGAGUACUGCGGGGCAUUGCGCGUUCCGCCUUUGCCCCAUGAGGCGAAACCGGCGCCGCUUGAAGCGGCAUCGCGCGUGGAAGCCACAUUGAACAAAACGGCGGCGCCGCAUGAUGCGGCGGCGGUGUGUGAUGUGGCGAUGGCGUAUGGUGCCGCCGCACACGAGGAGUUGAAGGGGAUGCACAAGGACUACAAGCCAAGUGCAACAGUGAGGGGUUUUUCUGGGGGUAGCUUCUCCGAGGGGUGCAUUCCUCUUGUGCCGGACGCUGGCAGCGUGAGGAGGCCCCACUUUGUGGCUGCCACGGAGCACCGGCUCUUCUGCGGCCUGAACGACGAGCCUCCUCGCUUCACGCGCUCUUCAACAGCCCUCUCCAACCUGCAGCACCUGCCAACGGCUCAACCUGAGCCCUCACCGAAACUGGCAGCAAGGCAACUGCCAGCACAGCAAGUGCCAGCGCAGAAAUUGGCAGUGAAGAAACCAGCGGCAGCAGCAAACAUGGUCGGGGCAGGAGGUGGGACGGCACGUGCCCCAGCAGCCCCCGGCUGCGACCCGCCAAAGCACGCCCUGGCUGAAACUGAACACGGGAAGACUUUGGAAGGCAAAGGCUUUCUUCGCAAGGACUUUGGAAGCUGUCCAAGGAAUAACGAGCUGCUCGAAGCAGCAAGUUCCAGGCGACAGGUACAGAGGCCUCCAGGUCCACACGUGCCACGGCAAACGCAUCGCAGGCGGAUGAGGAGGGUGGGGUCUGAGCCGGGCUUUCAGGUGGAUCGGCGCUUGGAGGCAGAGGAGGAGAGAGAGAGGAGCAGAGAGCUGGACAUGGGGGGAAUGACCGCGGUGCAGAGCGGUGAUCUGAUUGUGAGAUCCCCCGAUAGCGGGUGGAGUAAGGUGGGUGGGGUGGAUUCUUCCAGUCCUGGACACAGAGGAGGGGUUUUGCAGCGGGCUGGGGAGCGGAUGUUCUUGGCAAAUGGAGGGGGCAGCAGUCACAGCUGCAGAGGAGGAAUGAGCAUGACGAUAGGGAUGAAUUCUGGAACCAGAGAGGAGAACCAUCAGCACUCAAGUGCAGCAGCAGCAGGAGCAGGAGCAGUCGCAGCAGCAGUGCAGAGCCACGUGGCGUAUGGCAGCAACACACUGUCGAGCCCAUUUCCUCUUGUGGUGCGGGACGCAUGUGAAUCUUCCAAGCACAACAUUCCAUGGGAUGGCAGCAGUACGGUGACAUCAUCUGACGAGUUAAGGUGUGGCGAAGGUGCGACAUUUCCUCGCUGCUCCUCACCAUCUGCAGACUCUUCGCUGUUCCUUGCAAGCGGUGUCAGUCAGAAAUGGCGCCCUGCUAUGAAUCACCCCCUUUUCAGCGGAAGAGCAGUUGGCGUUGAAGAUUUUUUGUUCUCGCCUUGAGUUGAGAACUUGAGAGUCUUCAACCUUCAUACGUUCGACCCUACAUGCUUCCCAUAAUCAUGGUCGUGCAAAUUGAGAUGUGCACUGAGUGUGGCUGGAUAUGGAAAUGACAUAGGGGGGCGAGCUGGUAGACGGCGAUGAUCUGAUUGUAAAUGUACGGAUAAUGGGUGGUAUGAAGCGCCUGGAUAUGUGAAGCAUACACGCAUGUAUUUAGCAC